GUCCAAAGCAUUGAUUAAUCGGUAGGUAUGUGGGUCAGACGAAGCCUCCGCCCUUUGUCUGUUGUCCUUUUAAUCUUUGAUUUCCUGGAAAUCAUUUCCUCGGCGCUUUCUCCUUCCAUUUUUACCCUCCCAUCCCGGUGGAUUGAUCCCAUCUCUCUCGUUCAUCGUCCUUCCUACCGCCGAAUGCCUCGCAUGCCUCACCUUUGAUGACUCGGAUGCUUUCAUCUAUCUAGACAAACCCCAGUGGCGCAUCGCAGCCUCGACCGACGGUUUCCGGCAGACGUUUCGGGCUUCUGGAAAGCUUGUUGGUGGUAAUCAGCGCUGGAUGUUGGAUUACAAGGGACGCGACGGGACUUCCAUUCCUCCUUUCUCGGUCGCGUGUGAACAAUAAGGCUCGGCAAAAUGGUCCUCCCUCGGUCAUAUUUGCGCGGGCGAGUGCUUCUCUGGGCUCUUCUCUGCUUGGUUUGCGUGGGGUUGUUGAUCUCAAGGCGAGAACAGACCGCUUGGGUAGCUCACACGCGCCCGGCUCCCCCGGGCUCAACCGGCGGACCCCUUCGACAAGCAGAUGCCUCCCACGCCCUCGAAGGUCACAUCGCUUUCUGGCGCCGGUUCCAGCACCUCCUCAUCAAACAUGGACCGAAAGCCGAACCUCCACUCCGGUUGGACAACGCCCCGUCGAUUCGAUUCGAGCAGGCUAAGCCGGAUUUUCGUCCCCAUGUGCUGGACAUGCUGCCGGAUGAUGUGGAAAACAUGAAGUUAGCCCACGCGGGGUUUGUCAAGGACAUCACGUCGAGUCCACCCCAGUUACAAUACACGCCAAACACGAGGGGCUUGGUCUCGACCGCAGGGGGGGCCUACCUCCCGGUCUUGGUCAUCUCCCUUCGAAUGCUACGAAGGACCGGCUCGAAGAUGCCGAUGGAGGUGUUCCUCGCGGACGAGGAGGAGUACGAGGGCUACAUCUGUGACGUGGUUCUUCCGUCCUUGAACGCGCGGUGCGUGAUCUUGUCGCACAUUCUCGACGCUGUCCCGAUGGAAGCAGAAAUUCACAAAUACCAGUUCAAACUGUUUGCCAUGAUGUUCUCCUCAUUCGAGGAGAUCCUCUUCCUCGACGCCGACGCAUUUCCCCUGUUGCCCCCCGAGGACCUCUUCACCCACGAACCCUUCAAAUCCAGCCACAUGGUCACGUGGCCGGACUUCUGGGCGACCACCAUCUCCCGGUUCUAUCACGACAUCGCGGGGCAACCGAACCCGGUCCAGGACAUCCGACAGUCGAGCGAAUCUGGCGAACUCCUUCUAUCAAAGAAGACGCACCAGAAGACCCUGCUCCUGAGCACAUAUUACAACUUCUGGGGCCCCGACUACUACUAUCCCCUACUGUCGCAAGGCGCAUCCGGGGAGGGCGACAAAGAAACCUUCGUGGCAGCCGCGCUGGCACUCGGCGAGCCAUACUACCAGGUCUCGGAGCCCAUCUGCGCCAUCGGCCACCGCACCAAGGGCGGCAUGGCCGGCUCCGCGAUGGUCCAAUUCGACCCCACCGAGGACUUCGCGCUGACCCGCAACGGACAGUGGCGCGUGCGCGGCUCCAAGGCGCCCUCCCCGAAGGCCUUCUUCAUCCACGCCAACUACCCCAAGUUCAACCCGGCGACAGUCUUUGACGACCAAGACGUCACGCCGACCUUCGCCGACGACGGCAGCUACACGCGCGCGUGGACGAUCCCUGAAGAUGUCAUCGGCCAUUUUGGCUCGGACAUCGAGAAGGCCUUUUGGCGGGAAAUUCUCUGGACGGCCACCGAACUAGAAGAUAAGUUCGAGUCGUGGCGGGGCAAGAAGGGUAUCUCGAAGAUGACCCGGAAGUAUUGGAAUGCGGUCUUCGCGGAUAAGCGCGCCAAGUAAGGUCUCCCCAAGAGCGAUCUUCCAAUCGAUCCUUAAGUCCUACUUGGUGUGUUCCUCACAGAUCGCUCCGGCUUCCCCUCUCUCUCCCACCCGAGUAUCUGGGAAUAUCCAGGCUGGUCUCCCGCCCGGGCAUAUCCCGUGACCAAUAGAUGGAUAAUGAAUGAUCCAUCUACCCGAGUUGGAUCGCAUCCUGCAAAACCGCUGGACAGGCUGAGUCGUGAUGUCCAUCUCGUGACCCGGGGGAGGCCGCUGCGUCGCGCUUAGCGAACGGUGCAGCUCGGUUCGAUCUGUCCGGCCUGAGACGCCACGUCAGUUGAUG